CCUGGCACCACCUGGGGGGCAAGGACACGAUGAAGUGGAAGGUUCUGGUCAUCGCGGCCGUGCUGAAGGCCCAGUUCCCCGUUACAGAGGCACAGAGCUUUGGCCUGCUGGAUCCCAAACUCUGCUACCUGCUGGAUGGAAUCCUCUUCCUCUACGGUGUCAUUGUCACCGCCCUGUACCUGAGAGCAAAGUUCGGCAGGGGUGAAGACGUCCCCGUGUCCCCGCAGGGCCACACCCAGCUCUACAACGAGCUCAAUCUCGGCAGAAGAGAGGAGUACGACGUGUUGGACAAGAGGCGGGGCCGGGACCCUGAGAUGGGAGGCAAACAGCAGAGGAGGAAGAACCCUCAGGAAGGCCUGUACAACGCACUGCAGAAAGACAAGAUGGCAGAGGCCUACAGUGAGAUCGGCAUGAAAGGCGACAACCAGCGGCGCAGGGGCAAGGGGCAUGAUGGCCUUUACCAGGGGCUCAGUGCAGCCACCAAGGACACCUAUGAUGCCCUCCACAUGCAGACCCUGCCCCCUCGCUAAUGGCCAGGGGACAGCACCACUCACAGGCCCCACUGCAGAUGGCCAGAUUGUGAAAGACACAGGACAAAGCAUUUGUCUUUCUCAGCCACCAAAGGAUUGCUCUUGAUGAACAGGGUACUUAGGGUUAUAGCACUGUCACAUCCAGUUCCAACCCAGCACACAGAAGAGGAUGGCCCCUGUACUCUUUAAGGGACCCUCCCCUCCCAUCAUGCACCACCUCCCCACCUUGUCCCCUUGGGUCGGGUCUGGCCUCUCACUUGGGCAACAGCACACUCUCUUGCGGCUCAUUUGUAAAUUUGCAUUUUGUAGUCUCCCAAGAAACCCAAGACGGCAGCACAUCUCCUAAAAGUCUACGGUUCUGCCCAGAUGGGUGUGGCUUCGCUCGUGCUGUAAACUUGGCUUCCGUUGUCUGCCUUACUCGCAUUUCAGUAAUGGGGCCGAGCGGUGCCUAC